AUGAUCACCCUCUACGACAUAUCCUCUACCCUCCCCAACACACCCUUCUCAGCAAACACCUGGAAAGCGCGCCUGACUCUGAACUACAAAGGCCUUGCAUACAAAACUGAAUGGGUGGAAUACACGGACUUUGCUUCUGUAUACCAGAAACACGACCUACCCGCACCAGCCAAGCGCCCAGACGGCUUGCCUCGUUACACCCUCCCCGUGAUCUACGACGACGCUACGGGGACGGCUGUUGCGGAUUCCCUUGAAAUCGCAAAGUACCUGGAAGGGAGGUAUCCAGAGUCACCGAGGGUCCUCCCUCCUGCAGGCGAAGAUGGCGUGGACGGUGUGAAGCAGGCUGAAGAAUUUGGGAACCUUUUAUUACGCCAGCUCGUUCCGUUUUUGCCACUCCUCUUCAAGAAGUCGAUGGACAUACAGGUUGGGGCCUCCCGCGAAUACGCGUCGGCUGCUCGAGCCAAGGUUCUGACACAAUUCGGACAUAACAUCAAAACGAUCGACGAGCUUCAGAUCUCGGAGGUGGAGGAAGCGGAGAUAUGGCAGAAGAUGAAGGAUCUGUUCGACCAAUUUGAUGAGAAAUUUGGUGGGAAGGGGGUGGUUGGAUGGUAUCGUGGAGACGGGGUUUCGUUCGUUGACUUUAUUCUGGGAGGGCUGCUAUUCGCAAUUAGGAUAACUUGGGGAGAGGAGAGCGAGCAGUGGAAGGCGCUCUCACAGUGGAAUGAGGAGAAAUGGGCGAAGUACUUGGAUAAUCUAGGGUCCUACCAGACCGUUCACUAA